AGACCUUCACUCCCAACUCCCACCUAAAACCCUUUCAAAACCAGUCAACCACUACAAGCAGCCGCCUCACCCUCAGAUCUCCGACUCGCACACCCACAACGAAAUGGCCGCCCUCACCCACCAUCCCUUCCUCGCUUCCAAGCUCCGCCUGACCAAGGCGAAGCCCAGGCCUAGACCCAUCGGCCCCACCGCGGUCCGCAUGUCCCUCCAGGAAACGGCUCCGUCCCUCGCCGUCGUAGGCGUCACCGGUGCUGUCGGGCAGGAGUUCCUCUCGGUGCUCGCGGACCGGGACUUCCCCUUCCGCUCCAUCAAAAUGCUCGCCUCCAAGCGCUCCUCCGGGAGGCGCCUCACCUUCCAGGGCCACGACUACACCGUCGAGGAGCUCACCGCCGAGAGCUUUGACGGCGUCGACAUCGCUCUCUUCAGCGCCGGUGGGUCCAUCAGCAAGGAGUUCGGGCCCAUUGCGGUCGAGAAGGGGACCAUCGUGGUGGACAAUAGCUCUGCCUUUCGGAUGGACGAGAAGGUCCCGCUGGUGAUCCCGGAGGUGAAUCCUGAGGUCAUGGAGGGGAUUAAGGUCGGCAUCGGAAAGGGCGCGCUUAUCGCCAACCCCAAUUGCUCCACUAUCAUUUGCUUGAUGGCCGCCACGCCUCUUCAUCGACGCGCCAAGGUGCUACGCAUGGUUGUUAGUACGUACCAGGCUGCGAGUGGUGCUGGUGCUGCUGCAAUGGAAGAGCUUGAGCUGCAAACUCGUGAGGUCCUGGCAGGUAAACCGCCAACUUGUCGAAUCUUUAAGGAACAGUAUGCUUUUAAUUUGUUCUCGCAUAAUGCCCCUGUUCUGUCGAAUGGGUACAAUGAGGAGGAAAUGAAAUUAGUAAAAGAGACAAGGAAAAUAUGGAAUGACAUGAAUGUUAAAGUUACUGCCACAUGUAUAAGAGUUCCUGUCAUGCGUGCUCAUGCUGAGAGUUUAAAUCUUCAGUUUGAGAACCCCCUUGAUGAGGACACAGCGAGGGAUAUUCUGAAGAAGGCUCCUGGUGUAGUGGUUAUUGAUGAUCGGUCAUCCAAUCGCUUCCCUACUCCAUUGGAGGUGUCAAACAAAGAUGAUGUUGCAGUUGGCAGGAUCCGCCGCGAUUUGUCCCAGGAAGGCAACCUUGGGUUGGACAUCUUUGUCUGUGGUGAUCAAAUACGCAAGGGAGCUGCACUUAAUGCUGUCCAGAUUGCAGAGAUGUUGCUUUAGUCCAUAUUUGUAUUUGGUGAUUAGGUUUCAUAUUAUGGAUUCAUCAGUAUGGUGAGAGAAGAUGCUUUUAAGUUAUUCGUCAUACAUCGUCUUCAGAUGCGGAUAUUGAUCCUUUUGGCGGGUUUAAAAAAUUGAGCAGUUUUUGUUUUAGGAUGCUUAAUGUUGUCAGUUUAAAGUGCAAUUAUUUCUGUUAAAUCCUUCACAGGAAGAUUUUGUAAUAAUAACUUGUAGUUCAGGACUGAUUCUACCUGGAAGCUCUUAUUGUUGGUUUGUAGGUGACAAGUGUCAAUCUCCAGCAAUCUACAGAUUUUUGUUAAA